GUAAUCGUAAAUAACCGUAAACCACAGAUUAAUAAUUUUCGUUCUGUGAUAGAACUUUUAUAUUUUCAUCUCUCUAGCUGUAUUAUUCGUGCCGCGAAUAACAUAUAAACAAAUAAAUUCCUGUAUUUAUAUUUAUCGCAAAGUCACAUACAAAAAUAAUUUUUUUUUCCGAUGUGUUUGCUUUUCGCGAUUAUUCACAAAAGCAAUAUAAAGCUAUUGUUGCACACGGCUGUAACAUGCUUCAUUGCGAUUUAAAUACAGACAGUAUAUAAUUUUAAACGCCGAGGUAGUCUAACAAUCGCUUGAUAAAUUUCAAUUUUUCUAAAUCGUUACAAAAGUUCAACUAUCCUUCCAGUUACAUCACAUCUGACACGGAUUCUUCAAUAUUCGCUCAAUACGUCUCAAUCGUGUCGAACGGCACCUUUCAUCGUCACAUUCUCAUUCAACAUAUCAAGAUGCACCCUUAAAAAACUUAGCGAAAUCAGUAAAAAAGAUACGUUUUUGACUAUGAGAGAGCAGUAAUAAUAACUUUCUUCAAUUAAUUCAAAAUUAGUUUACUGAUUCCAAUAAGAAUGGCAUUGGAGUUAAUUAACUAUUUAAAGGACCCACAACUAGUCGCAUCAAUUCAACAAUUUUUUGGUGUCAAAAUACAUUACUAUGAACAUUAUGAAAACCUUAAGGAGAGUAAAACAUCGCAAAAUGAAGACAACAAAUAUAUUUCUGAAAAAAUUGAUAAUUAUAAGAAGAAUCAUGUUUUCACUUGCCACAGUAAAGAAAUAAAUGGUUGCGACGCAAACAACAAACAGUUCAAUGGAUGUAGGCAAAUAGAAUACUCUAGAGAAAAAGAUGAGUCGACAAAAAAACGGGAGAAAGAGACCUCAAUGGUUUUACAGAAUCCACAUUAUACAAUCACAAAUUUGUUUUGGUAUUAUUUAUUUUUAUUUGGUACUGAACUAGGAGACGAAAUAUUUUAUUGCGCUUUUAUACCUUUCUUGUUUUGGAAUAUUGAUGGAGCCCUUGGCAGAAGAGUAGUCUUAGUAUGGGCCACUGUUAUGAGUAUCGGACAGAUAUUGAAAGAUAUAAUUCGUUGGCCCAGGCCGGCGUGUCCACCAGCAGUCAGAUUACAAAAUAAAUGGUCACAAGAAUACGGAAUGCCAUCCACUCAUGCCAUGGUUGGUCUCACAAUUCCAUUUAGCAUAGUAUUAUUUACAAUGGAUAAAUAUAUUUAUCCAUUUUCUAUCGGUUGUACGGUUGCUUUCAUUUGGUGUGUACUCGUCAGUACGAGUAGACUCUAUCUAGGUAUGCACACCGUCCUGGAUAUUGUGGCGGGCUUAAUAUUAGCGACUGCAUUAAUGGUACCGUUGGUACCUUUAGUAGAAAUGACAAAUGUCUACAUCAUCACAAAUGUCUGGCUAUUAGCGAUACUGAUCGCAGUCAGUAUCGCCACUAUCGUAUAUUAUCCAUGCAGUGACAAAUGGACACCUACCAGAAGCGAUACCGCAAUGGUUGUAUCAGUCACAGCAGGAAUUCAUACAGGUGCAUGGUUCAGUUAUUACACAGGUGCACUGAGUACGUCGCUAUUUUCGCCGCCAUACAAUAUCGUUUGGCCGACGCCCUUUACACUCGGUCAUUUGAUUCUUAGAACCAUGCUCGGUUUCGCUGGUGUUAUCGCGACAAAAACUCUUUGUAAAUUUCUCAGCUAUGCUACAAUGUGUGCCAUAUUAGGAAUCAAUUGGAGGGAGCUCAUGAAAUGUCAGGACUAUAGCGGAAAUCAAAAUAAGGUCUUCGUCGAUCUAGUUAACAAAUAUGUAGCUUGUUUCAUGAUAGGUGUAAAUACAGUGUAUUUUUUGCCACAAACUUUUAGCACGAUAGGUAUAGAACGACCGACGUUUCGUACCGAAAUGUGAGAAAUUUAUCUCGUUCGAUUUAUAUCGCUUUGCGAAAUAUAUUUUAUAUCUCGUU